UUGGUUAGCCUGCUUCCUUGUUGCGCCUUUUCCCCUUCCCCGAACCAACCUCGGGCCCUUAAGAAAGGACAGUCAAGAAUACAAUCAUAUAAGAGACAAAAUUGUCUCCACCGUGGGCAUCUCCACAUCUCGCUGUCCUACCCAGUGGAUUGCAUAGGAGAGAGGCGGGGGAAGCAUCCGACGCCCUCCCCUAUAGCGGCCGCUGCCUAGCAGCAGUCAUUCACCAGACCCCGCCCACUUCCCUCGGGAGCUUUCGUUCCUCUCCCGUUCUUCCCUCUGUAACUGAACGCCCACCUCUGCCUCUGGUUCUAGGCUGGCUGUGGAGGAGGCAGACGACCCUUGCCCCCCCCCCCCGGUUGUCCUCGGUGGGUGCUAGCAGCAGCGCCGCCGCUGUCGGCGACCCCCACCCUUCUCGCACACACAAAGCAAUCCCACGAUGUUCUCGCGGAGGGGUCACGCCGAUGCCAAGAAGUCCACCCAGAAAGCGCUGGACCCGCGGAAGGACGUCCUGACUCGUCUCAAGCACCUCCGGGCGCUGAUAGAUGUUGUGGAUGGAAGUGAACUUAAACAGUUUUUUGAGGUCAACUAUUCUCAGAUUUAUUUUAUCUUCUAUGAAAAUUUCCUGACACUAGAAACCAGCUUGAAACAAAAAGGGAAUAAAUCACAAAGGGAGGAGCUGGACUCAAUUCUCUUUCUUUUUGAAAAAAUAUUACAACUACUUCCAGAAAGAAUUUUCUAUCGGUGGCAUUUCCACAGCAUAGGUUCAGUUUUCAAGAAACUUCUGCACACUGGAAACUGUCUUAAGAUAAGAUGUGAAGGAAUCAGACUGUUUCUUCUCUGGCUACAAGCUCUCCAGACAAAUUGUGCAGAAGAGCAGCUGUUAACUUUUGCUUGCCUUGUGCCUGGCUUUCCUGCAGUGAUGUCCUCAAGAGGUCCAUGCACACUGGAUACCCUCAUUAGCCCUCCUUCCAGUCUGGCAGACGCAAAGAUUUAUCCUGAAGAAAUAACUCCACUUUUACCACAUGUUUCUGGUGAAAGGACUGCUGAGGACCCAACUUGCUACUUCCUUCAGAUACUGUUAAAAUAUAUGGUAAUCCAGGCUGCAAGCUUGGAAUGGAAGAACAAGGAGAACCGUGAUACUGGAUUUAAGUUUCUCUUUGCAUUGUUCAGAAAAUAUUACCUUCCUAAUUUAUUUCCUGCUUUUACAAAACUAACCGACCUUUACAAACCUGUGCUUGACAUCCCUGGCCCGCGACCCAAACCAGCAUAUGUUAGUGUAGCUUGUAAUAAUGAAAACAUUUAUAGCACAAAAAUACCAUACAUGACUGCUCGUGUAGUCUUUAUAAAAUGGCUUGUAAACUUUUUUCUGGAAAAGAAGUACUUCACACCAACACAGAAUUCUAAGAAUGGAGGGGAUGUUUUGCCCAGAAUCAUUCAGACUGUGGGUGGUGCAGUACAAGAUAAGAAUCCUGAAACGGAGAACAGUGUCCCAUCGGAUCAGGAGAAAAGCCAUUCCACUAAUAGCAUGUUGCCUGAGAGGAGGCUCAGUGAUUCCAGCUUUUGCAGUAUUGAAGAGCAACACCGGGCAGUGUAUGAAAUGGUGCAACAGAUCCUUUUGUCUACACGAGGUUAUGUCAAUUUUGUCAAUGAAGUAUUUCGUCAGGCUUUUUUAUUGCCUUCAUCUGAGAUAUCUUCAACUGAAAAAGUAGUGAAGGUAUAUAGGAAGUGGAUACUCCAAGAGAAGCCCAUGUUCAUGGAAGAACCAGAUAUGAAGGAAAAUGUUCCAGAUGAUGAAGGCAUCUUAGAUCAUUCAACAACAGACACAGAUGGCAAACAGCUUACGUCUAGCCACUCUGGACAUAAAAGAUCCUCCAGUUGGGGAAGAUCAUACUCAUUCUCGAAUGCUGUUAACAAAGGAUGUAUGUUAGAAGAUGAAAAUGAGAAUAUUAAAGCAGGUCUUCAAGCUACACUACAGGUGUUCUUGACAAACUCUGCAAAUGUAUUUUUAUUGGAACCAUGUACUGAAAUACCUGCACUCCUGAAAGAGCAAGUUGAUGCUUGCAGAGCGGUUUUGAGUAUACUUAGGCGCAUGAUAAUGGAUCUUCCAAUGAAUAAAAAGACCUGGGAGCAAAUGCUAAAAAUACUACUUAACAUAACAGAAGCUGUCAUGAACAAAUCCAAAGAGAACCAAAUAAAGGACACAUUUGCUCAAAACUUGGCAGGAUUGUUGUUUCGGACACUCAUUGUGGCUUGGAUCCGUGCAAAUCUGAGUGUUUAUAUUUCUCGAGAGCUCUGGGAUGAAUUAUUACGUGUGCUGUCAUCCCUUACAGAGUGGGAAGAACUAAUAACAGAAUGGGCUAACAUAAUGGAUUCUCUAACAUCUGUUUUAGCAAGGACAGUGUAUGGCAUUGAAAUGACCAAUUUGCCACUGGAUAAGCUGAGUGAGCAAAAAGAGAAAAUACAACGAGGCAAAGGUGGCAUUUUGGAACCUCAGAAGGGAGCCGCAGUUGGAAGAUCAUUUUCUUUAAGUUGGAGAAAUCACCCUGAAGUUGUGGAACCAAUGAGGUUUAGGAGCGCUACCACCUCAGGAGUACCAGGAGUUGAGAAAGCAAGGAAUAUAGUACGUCAGAGAGCAACAGAAGCUGAAGAAUAUCAACAGUCAGAAAAUGGCACAGGAGCUGAAUAUCAUCAACCAGAAAAUUUGACAGGAACAGAAUGUAAUGGUUCAUUUUUACACCAGGAACAAUUAACUCGAAGCAGUAGCACCUCGGAUAUUAGAGACCAGUGUAAUUCUGAUGUUUUUGAAGUUAGAAAAACGGAAAGCUCACAGAACUCAACUUCAGAUGCUGAAUCUGUCCAAGGAACUAAAGUGUUCGUGAGCAAGGAAAGUAUAGUACAAGAACCAGGCAACUCUCCAACUGAAGCAGACGUGCGGCAGUCACAUGGAAACCAAAGAGAAAGAGAAAAGACUGAAAGUGUUAGCAGCGACACCUCCAUUAGAUACAAUAAUGAAGUAGAUAUCACUUUAGCUCCCUGGCAAGCAUGUGAAGAAAGUAAUGAUGUCAACAUCCCAGCUGAUAUUUGUGCUGAUCCUAAUGCACACCACUGGUUGCACCUGAGUCCUUCAGGUGCCACAAAUUUAACAGGCCUUUUUUUGGUUGGUCUUCCCUGGUGGAGAAGCAGCUCCAUAGAAAACAAUUCAGACAGCAGCGAGUUUCUUGCUGAUGAUUGCAGUAUUAUUGCUGGUGGGAAUCUUAUAGGCUGGCAUCCUGACUCUGCUGCUGUAUUAUGGCGAAGAAUAUUGGGAAUUCUUGGAGAUGUGAACAAUAUCAAGUCUCCCAAAAUACAUGCCAGAAUUUUUGAACAUCUCUUUGAACUAUGGUACAAAUUGGCAAAGAUAAGAGACAAUCUUGCUGUCAGUCUGGAUAACCAAUCCACUCCCUCUCCUCCUAUUUUGAUUCCACCACUCAGAAUAUUUGCAUCAUGGUUGUUCAAGGCUACAAGCUUAUCGGAUGAAUAUAAGGAAGGAAAGCUUCAUGCCUACAAACUGAUAUGUGCUAUGAUGGCUAGACGCCAAGAUUUUGUGCCAAAUCCUGACUACCUGGUGCACUUUUAUCUUGUCAUGCAUAUUGGAUUAACUAGUAAAGAUCAGGAUGUUUUACAUACUGUGAUCAGACACUGCCCCCCCUGCUUUUUCUUCUUGGGUUUACCUGGCUUCACUUUGCUAAUAGGAGACUUCAUAACAGCUGCAGCCAGAGUUCUGGGUACAAACAUGUUGGAGGGCCCACGCUUAGAAGCACAUACCAUUCUUGGUUCUCUGGUUUGCUUUCCAAAUCUCUACCAAGAAAUUCCACUGUUGCAACCCAUUGCUGAAGCAGAAAUAAUCACAGGAACUGCAGACGUCAAACGUUACCUCAUAGAUAUUCUUUUGAAGAAUGCUGCAAAUGAACCAAGUGAAGCUUCAAGGUGUUUAGCUCUUUGCUGUCUUGGUAUUUGGAUAUGUGAAGAACUAGAGCAAUAUUCAAACCAUCCCCAAGUAAAGGAUGCAAUAAAUGUUUUAGGUGUGACACUAAAGUUUUGUAACAAACGGAUAGCACAGGAAGCCUGUGAUGUCUUUCAGUUGCUGACGUCCUACUGGGAAAAACUUCAGAAAUACACAUCUUCUCUACCCAGAAAAAUUAUUGAAAUCCUUGUGGCCACAAUUGCAUUUCUGUUGCCUAGUGCAGAGUAUUCCUCUGUAGAAAGUGAUAAAAAGUUUAUAGUUUCGUUAUUACUUUGCUUGUUGGAUUGGUGUAUGACUUUACCAGUGAAAAUGCUGCUGGAGCCUGUAUUUACUUCUAGUCUUGAAGAUCAACUUUCUUCUAAAGCUCCAUUGCUUGAUUACGUCUAUAGGGUCCUGCACAGUUGUGUUCAUGGUUCAAGCACAUAUACACAGCAAAGUCAUUACCUUUUAAGCCUUGCAGACCUCUCUAGUGAUAUCUACGAUCCAUUUUUGCCACUAGGAAAUGUGAGGAAUUCCGAACCCAUGCAUUUUCAGUCUUCUGCAGAACUGAGUAACUUACUCACUGUUGCUGAAGAAAGGAGGAGGAGGAGUUUGGAAUUAAUACCUUUGACUGCACGAAUGAUAAUGGCACAUCUAGUAAACAAUUUGGGCCAUUAUCCCCUUAAUGGAGGACCUGCUGUUCUUCACAGCCUUAUUAGUGAGAAUCACAACAACUCAUAUGUGGAAUCUUCUGAACUGUCUUCCGAAAUCUUCAGAAGCCCAAAUUUACAGCUGUUUGUAUUUAAUGACAGUACUCUCAUAUCUUAUCUUCAGAUUCCUUCCGAGAGGGAGGUAGACAAUGAACCAGUAGGAACUUUCUCAGAAGUAAGAAUAAUUGUUAGAGAUAUCUCAGGGAAGUAUUCAUGGGAUGGAAGACUGAUGCACGGACCAUUAGCUGGUAGUCUACAGAAUCAAAAUAAAAGAAAAUCCACUGCAGUUUUAGACAGUCAUAAGCAGAAUUUUGAGUCUCCAAAGGACUUCAUUCAAAUAUAUGAAGGAGAAGAUGCUCUUGAUAUAUUGCUAGAGAGGAUUGGCAAUAGUAGUCCUGAGUGCCUUUUACAUCCACAACUAAAAUUAAAUGAGCCAUCACCAUCACCAUAUGUCAUGAGCCAUGACCAAGAGAAAGAGAUCCUAGAAGCAAUAAUGCAGCAGAGUUGCUUAGAAAAUGAAUAUGCACAUCGAUGCAGUUUUAAUCUCAGUAUGAAAAUUGGAAGUCAGAAGGCACCAAGACCUCAGUUUCAAGCACCAUUUCAUUUAUGUCGGCUCUUGCUAAAUGACUUAGGAAUGAAUUCUUGGGAUAAAAGAAAAAGUUUUCAUCUACUGAAGAAAAAUUCUAAAUUGUUGAGGGAGCUAAAAAACUUGGACUCCAGGCAAUGCCGUGAAACUCACAAGACUGCAGUAUUUUACAUUGCUGAAGGACAGGAAGAUAAAUGUUCAAUAUUGUCCAAUCCAAAAGGAAGCCAAGCAUAUGAAGAGUUUGUUGCUGGAUUAGGCUGGGAGGUUGAUCUUUCAACUCACUGUGGAUUUAUGGGUGGCCUUCAGCGUAAUGGCAGCACAGGACAAACUGCACCAUAUUAUGCUACUUCUACUGUGGAAGUAAUUUUCCAUGUGUCUACACGAAUGCCCUCUGAUUCAGAUGACUCACAGACAAAAAAGCUUCGUCACUUGGGAAAUGAUGAGGUUCAUGUUGUGUGGUCUGAACACACAAGAAAUUAUCGCAGGGGCAUUAUACCGACUGAUUUUGGAGAUGUUCUAAUUAUUAUUUAUCCAAUGAAGAAUCGUAUGUUUUUCAUAGAGAUAAUGAAGAAACCAGAGGUACCAUUUUUUGGUCCUUUGUUUGAUGGAGCAAUUGUGACUGCAAAACUGCUGCCAAAUCUUAUACGGGCCACAUGUAUCAAUGCCAGCAGAGCUGUGAAGUCCCUUAAAACUCUGUAUCAGAGCUUUUAUGAGGAAAGAGCUCUGUAUCUUGCAGAAAUAAUCCAGAAUCACAAAGAAGUAAUGACAUUUGAGGAUUUUGCUGCUCAGGUCUUCUCUCCCUCUCCCAGCUACUCUCUUAGUGGAUGUGGCUGUCUCCCUACAAGCCUGAGUGCUGAUCUUAUGGCAUGUGUAGGGACAGAGUCAGCAGAGCAGAUGUCACCGACACUAACAAGUGCCACAAAAAACAAGCUUGCUGGCAAGUUGCGCCGAUCUGCUAGUGCUCUCAGCAAAUCUUCAAGUUAAAGCACUUUCAGAGCUGAAGACAAUUUUAGGAUACAUAUCCUUUUAAAUCUCCUUUCAUAUUGCAUCUUGAACUGUGUUAUCCCUGGAACUGGUAACUUCUGGAGAUGCCUAAUGAAGUACUUUUUUGCUAUAAAAUUAUAAUUCCUUAUGUUUUAAACUUAAAAGUUUUCAUAUUGAUCACCUGAAUUAUGCAACAUGCUUUUCAGUUGAUAAUUUCUGCCACUAGAAGCAAUGAAGUCAAGAGCUCUUUUGGCAAGUUUACCGUUUAACUGUGACUUUAUUUUCUUGUUUUACUGUAACUGCAAUUCCACAUCACUAAAAGAGGAUGCAGAACUGAAAACCAACUAAUUUCUUGAUUGUUACAUUUACAGUUUCAUUAUAAUUUAAACAUUAAUUGGUGGGAUCAUAUUUUCAGUUUGCUGAUGUAGGGGCCAAUUUAGCCAAAGUGAAGCACUUUUUAAGUCCCACUGAUGCCAACGGGGAGAUGAGGAUGUGAUUGACUCAUUCUCUCCUGUUGAAAUCAAUGAUACUUCACAAAUUGCUUCACUUUGGUUGGAUUGUGCCCUGGCUACUCAAAAUGUGGAUGGAUGGAUGAUUCUGCUUUUCAGUGUAUCUUCAAAUACUCUAUUUCUUUUCCAUUAUUUAUUUCCAAAGACCAUUAUUGUACUUAUAACUAAGUACACUUAAACAGCAAUAGUUCUAAAUUACUUUUAUAAGAAAAACACUGAUAGUUGAAUAAAACUAUACUAUUUAAAUCUUACUUUGUGUAAGUUAAAGAUGGCAUAUGCCAAUUCAGUUUUUGUUUCUUCAUUUCCUUUGUGAUCAAAUUGGACCAAAGUUAAUUACUCUCUUAUUCCACAUGAUUAGCCAUGUGGCCUGAUUUAAUCAUGUCUAGAAUUACUUGCUGCUUGAUCAAUAUAGAAUGUCUACUUAGUUAUCCUCUGGAAAAAUAUGGAUCAAUGUAAUGUUUAUCAUGAAAUCAAUUCAGAAGAGCUACAUACAUCAUGAAGAUAAAGCUGGCUCCCACAUAGCUUUCACAUGUAGUUCAUAUAUGCAAUAGUGUAUGAAAACUACAUUAAGGCUCAUGCACCUUUUCACCAUCUUACUUAGAUAUUUAGUAUGAUGCUUAUACAACCAAGCAAUCAGAUUUACCAUGUUUUUGUAGCUGGAGCUUGAGGAUGGCUCCUGCAUCCUCCUUCGUGUAUGAACUACAUACCAGGAUGCACUACAUGCCAGUGUGAACCAGCAUUAUUUUCAUGUUAAGGUUGUGGUCUGGAACUACAUGGGUGGGGGACAAUCACACUGGUCCUCCUCACCCAAUUGUCGUCCAGACAAUUUGAGUGGAAAGGACCCAUGUGACUAGUCCCACCCACAUGGGGUAAGGUUUCCAAACAUUACUGCUGUGGCUUUGGGAGGCUCCCCCCACAUUCAAAUAACAAAUUAUGGUGCCCUCUGUGUAAAGGCAUUUUACCAAGCUGUUCUCUGUUUUCUACAGGUUAGAUGUGGAUACCUUUGGUAUUUAUCUGCUCUGUUAUUUGCCCAUAAAUUUGGUUUUGUUGCACUCUAGUUUCAUGCUGGAAAAACUGUAUAGAAGACAGUGCUUCUAGAUAUUAUAGCUAAUAGUUAACCCCUUUUGUACUAGUGUGGAGGAAAAAUUUAAAAACUACUAUGACUUAAUUUAAAUAAGCCAAUGUAACACUUUUCCAACUACUACUUUUUAAGCGUGCAUAUAGUCAUACUUUCAAAUUGAAAGUAUUCUUAGUUCCAUACGUGACUUGAAGACUCUGAGAACUAUAUAUCUUUUGGAGAUAAACUUCUAUUUAAAUGUUUUGCACAACCAAAACCACUAAGUGAUCAAGAA